UUCUUUUAUAAAAUAAGUAAUUUUUAUUUUUGAGUUAAAUAUUGACUGCCUUAAUAUAUUUAUGAAGAACUUAACCAGAAAGUGAACAAUCAAACUCUUCGCUGUACGUUGACAUUUCGUAAACGCUAUUUCGGCUGUUCCGUACUUGCGUGGAGAGUCACAAAAUUUGGCGCAUGCUACUAGUUGCUUCUUUGCCGCUAGCUGAGGGCAUUCUGUUAAACUUAUUGGACGAAUUAGUGAUUAGUGAAAAUCAAACAGAAAAAAAAUAACGUCAAAUAAGAAACAAGAAACAAAAAACAAAAACCAAAAACCAAAAACAAAACAGAAACAAUAUUUAAAGAUUAUGUAAUUUUCUAUGUAGAAAUGAAAAUGAACCUCAAUGAAAAGAAUUCGAAAGUAUUUCAAGACUCCGAAACGAAAUCAAAUUCAAACGUAUUAAACUCGAAAAAAACCAAUAGUAUGGAUGAUCCCAUUAAUAUGAAAUUUAUUGAUUUACAGAUGGAUCGACAAAUUUAUACUAAAUAUGAAGAGUUUCACUUUCAUGCGGUGGAUUACAUAGUGUUUGCGAUUAUGAUAUCUGUGUCCACUGGGACUGGUAUUUAUUUUGGAUACUUCAAAAAACAGUUGCCGGAUGAUCCAAUGAUUGACUCAGAAGGUCGAAAAAAAACAGAUUUCGGUUCAACAAAAAUGAAUGAAUACCUAUUGGGCUCAAGAAAUUUGAAAAUUUUUCCAGUGGCAAUGAGUUUGGUCGGUAGUUAUAUAUCUGGUGUGACGAUACUUGGCACUGCCUCGGAAAUAUAUAAUUUUGGAACACAAUAUUGGAUAGUAGUGAUACCUAUAGUUCUUAUGGCAUUUACGGUUUCAAAAAUCUAUUUACCAGUAUUUGCUACAGUUGGCGUUGGUUCAUCAUAUGAGUACCUGGAGAUGAGAUUCAAUUCGCACAUACGAAGUAUGAUAUCAUUUAUGUUUGUAUUAGACGAGAUAUUUUUUUUACCAAUUAUAAUCUAUGUACCUGCGAUCGCUUUCAAUCAAGUAUCUGGGAUUAACGUGCAUGUGAUCUGCGGAAUAAUAUGUCUAGUCUGUGUGUUCUACACACUUGUUGGUGGCAUCAAAGCUGUGGUGCAUACAGAUGCCUGGCAAAUAUUAGUGAUGUUUAUUUCUGUAUUGGCGGUAGUAAUAUUGGGUUCUGUUGCGAGUGGCGGUCCAGUGAAAGUAUUUGAGGAAGCUAAUAAAGGUGGCCGCAUUAUAUUUUUUAACAUAAAUCCAUCAAUGUUCGAACGUCAGACAGUUUGGGGCAUAUUAAUAGGUGGCUUUUGCUAUUGGACCUCUUUUAAUUCUGUUAAUCAAACGAUGGUGCAACGCUAUAUGUCUUUGUCAACAUUAAAGAAAGCUCAGUGGUCAAUUUUCGUUUUUAGUGGAGGCAUUAUCUUGUUCAUAUCUGUGUGCUGUUAUGCUGGUCUACUUGUUUAUGACUUUUACAAAAGGUGCGAUCCUUUAACUGCUGGUCUAAUACAUAAUGAUGAUCAAUUAUUACCGGUAUAUGUUAUGCAAACGGUUGGACAUCUACACGGUGUACCAGGUCUAUUUAUUGCCGGUGUUUUUGGAGCUGCAUUAAGUUCACUUUCAGUUGUAUUAAACUCGACGGCAUUAGUAUUUUUGGAAGAUAUUGUAAAAGGCUGUUUAAAACAACAAAUAUCAGAAAAGAUUUCAACUAUUAUUGUAAAAAGUAGUAUAAUUUUUUUAGGAUUAAUAGCAUUAUCAUUAGUAUUUGUGCUGGAAAAACUUAGCGGGAUACUAAGCGUAGCUACAUCUGUAACAGCUAUAGCCGCUGGCACAUCGUUUGGUGUGUUUUCCUUAGGUAUGCUAAUCCCAUGGGCGAAUUCAAAAGGCGCGAUAGCUGGAGCGGUUGCGGGAGCUUUAAUGUCUGGCUGGAUUUCAUUUGGUACACAAAUGGCUGUGGCAUUUCAUCAUUUAUCACCGCACGAUUUGCCAAUAUCUGUUGAGGAGUGUCCAUCUAACGUAACGAUAACAAGAAUGCCAUCCAUUGAUGAGACAAAUAUUUUUCCAUUAUAUCGAUUAUCAUUUCAUUGGAUAAAUCCAAUUGGAGUGCUAACGACCAUAGGAAUUGGUACAAUAGCUUCCUUCUUAACAGGAGCAACAACUAUUAAAAAAUUGGAUGCUGAUCUAUUGUCUCCAAUUAUACACAGAUAUCUUCCAAAAGAGUGUUUCCUCUCUAGAGAAAGAGGAGCUGGAGACGUAAGUGGUGAGAAUAAUAUGCAAACGUUAACUCAUUUAUUACAUGAACACAAUGGUGAAAGCGAUGAUCAAAAGGACAAAUAUUAAGUGAAAAACUUAGUUUUAAUAAAAUUAAAAUAUUUUUACAUUAACCAACUAGCAAAGUUAAAAGUGGAUUUAUCUUCUAUUAAGAAAAUUGC